AUGCCCGGCAGUGGAGCACUUUGGGGCUUGGACCCCGAUAUCGACCUUCAGAAGACAACCUUGGCGUUGGUCGUCGGUGUCUCACUCGCGUUCUACCUUCUCAUCAUCCACUUAACAGUACCGCCCCCAAUCCCGGGCAUCCCUUACAAACAGAGAUGGCGAUGGAUGCCAGCUGGGCACCUCGCCCCCCUCGGCACUUACUGGCUCCUGAGCGGCGAGGCUUUCAGCUGGUUCUCUCGGGAAUCCCUCGAUCUCAAGUCACCGAUCGUGCAGAUAUUCCUCCCGACCUUCUCCCUUACGAGACCCACUGUGAUUCUGGCCGACCUACCAGAAAUCGAGGAAAUCGCCAUGAGGAAAUUGGGUGAGAUGGACAGGGCGUCGCUCAUCCACGAUAUGUUUGGCUUCAUUAUGCCGAACGCGACAUUCAGUAUGAAGACGAAUGACAAGUUGAAGUCUCAGCGACGUCUCUGGGGUGUCGUCUCGUCAUCGCACUUCCUCCAUGAAGUCGCUGCUCCCAGAUUUCAUGAGUCCAUAUCGCGACUCAUCGAGUUGUGGAGAGUCAGGUCUAAGAACAACAACCAUCAACCUUUCAGAGCCACAGAUGACCUCAAAUCAACCGCUUUAGACGCCAUUGGCGCAAUCUCAUUGGGCUUGGACCUUGGCAUGCUCCAACAAGAGAUGCAAAGAGCAAACCCUAAAUCUCGAUUAUCAUUGAAGAAAGGAGAUCUUGAAUUAUGCAGGGAUGGCCCGCUGUUGGUUCACUCGAUGGAAAUCCUGCUGCAAUGUCUCAACUGGGUGACGACGAGCGCCAGUGUGCGUCUGUCGAAGUGGGUUAUAGGCCAUCUCUCAUACUUUCGACGUGCCCAGGCUGCCGUCACAAACGUCCUCAAUUCUGAGAUCAAUGCUGCACUUCUGCGUAUCCAUAGUCAAGAUGGGAAUCAAAGACAUCCGAGAUGUGGCUUGCAGGAAGUCCUGGAGAGGAACUCGAUGCUCUACAGCAACCACUCGUCUCAAGACGAGAUAAGAGACGAGUUAUUCCAGUUCCUUAUCUUUGGUCACGAAACAACAAGCGCCGGGCUUGGCUGGGCGUUGAAGCACCUGGCAGACAACCAGGCUGUGCAGGCACGCUUGAGAAGCGCGCUCGUUGACGUUCUCGGGCUCGGUGAACCUGGUCUUCCAAUUGCUUCCGAUAUCGCUUCAGCAGAUGUGCCAUACCUGGAUGCAUUCAUUGCCGAAGUCCUUCGUGUAUCAUAUCCUGGUCCUGUGGCUUUUAGAGAAACGAUGACUGGAUGUCACAUUCUAGGAGUCGACAUCCCGGCUAGGACCCCCGUUCUCCUAGUCACAGGCGGGCCCUCCCAUCUACAGGAAUACUACACAGAUUACGGCAGUGAAAGGAAAUCCAAACGCUGGGACACCAGCUUUGCGCCCCUGGAUCAGUUUUCGCCGGAGAGAUGGAUGCGCUCCGACGGAACAUUCAACGCCAUCGCUGGUCCAUCUUUGCCGUUCUCGACGGGUGCGAGGGGCUGUUUCGGGAGGAAGAUUGCGUUGCUAGAAAUGAAGUUCAUGAUAAGUAUGCUUCUUCUUAGCUUCAAGUUCCCGGAGCUUGAGAGUCGUCUGAGCACGUAUGGGUCAACAGAUGCCCAGAUCAGACGGCCCACCCAGUGUUACGUUAAACCUAUAAAGAAUGUUAGUCUUUUGAGAGUAGUGGAGUUUUCUCAUAGCAAGAACAUACAAUGA